GGGGCCGAGAAAGGGGCUUGAGGGGAAAAAAGGUUGGACACCUGCGGGCGGAAGGCUCUGGGUGGGUACAGCCGCGCGAGGGUCCUUCGCAGAGGACCGGUAGGGAUUCUGGAAGAGGAGGUGCGGGGCCGUACCGAGGGGGCGGCCGCCAGAGCAUGCGCACGGGCUCUGCAGCGGUCGGGCGCGGAGUUGGGGCGCGGGGACGCGGGGCGGCGCGAAGCGGGGCCCUCUGCCGCCCCGCGCUCUCAUGUACGCCUUCUACUCGCUGCUCAUCUACAUCUUCUACAGCCUCUUUCGCAGGGAUGGCGGGGCCGCGGCGGCCGCCGACCCUGGGAACCCCGCCCAGGUGAGCGGGGGCGGGCGCAGCUCGGCCGGCGACCCCCUUCCGGAGAACGGUUUUGCAGGCCGGCGCUGCAGUGCCCGCGGCAAGCCCGGGGGUCGCCGCCGCCCCGACCAGCCCACCGCAGAGCUGUGGACCGAGCUGACCGGCCUGGUCGGCUGCUCGGAGUCCGAGGAUGGGCCGGGAGGGGCAGCGGAGGGCCGUCCGGCCGAGGUCUCACUGGAGGAGGCUCUCGUGCGUCUUGCGGAGUUCCUCUCAGUCCAGCUGGGGGCGGAAGAGAGCUUCGGGAAUUCUGCCGACCUGAGCAAGCCUGGUGAUGUUCCCCCACUGUUGACGGUGACCGGUCAGCUCUUGGCCCUCCUGGCAUGGAUUCGGAGCCCCAGGGGGAGGCAGGUCCUGCCCCAGGCGACGCAGCCAGCCUCAGGGGUGCAGCCCCCCACUCCUGCUGGAUCCCCAUCCCAAGAAGAAAGCCCUCCCGUUUCACCAAGGGGUGAGGCCCAGGGGCAGCAGCCUCCUCAGUUAGAGGAAGACCAGAGAGCUUGGCAGCGGCUGGAACAGCUUAUCCUUGGACAGCUGGAAGAGCUGAAGCAGCAGCUGGAACUGCAGGAGAAGGAGCUGGGCCAGCUGCGUGUGGGAGUGGGGGCGACAGACUCGGAGAAAAGGGUUCAGCAUCUGACUCUGGAAAACAAGGCCCUGAAACAGAGCCUGAGCCUUACUCGGGACCUCCUGCUGCACUGGGGCCCCGCCCCCCCCAACAGGGCCCCCCAGGAACAGGAGGAGGCAGAGGCACUGCUGGAGCUCCGGGGCCGGCUUCAAGAGGCCCAGGACACCACAGAAGCUCUCCGAGUCCAGCUAGGGGUGCAGGAGGUGCAGCUUCAGGGCCUUCGGGGGGCCCUCCGGCAGCUCCAGCAGGAGGCUGAGCAGAAGUGCAGGAGGGAGCUGCAGCAGAUGCGCGGGCAGCUGGCAGGACUUCGUGCUCGCAUGGCCAGCUUGCGUCAGGGCUGUGGGGACCUCCGAGGACUGGUCAGCACCUUUACCCAGAGCUGCCAGGGUUCGCUGAGCGAAGCCCGGGGCCAGGUAUCGUGGGCCCUGGGGGCACUGUCAGCGGGCGGGGCUGGGACUCAACUCCUGGAGGCACAGCAGGGGCCCCCAACUGGAUGCCCAGGGCGGCUGCUGGAGCUCAAGGGAAACAUCCGUGUGCUCUGUCGGCUGAGGCCAGGGACACCCUCCAACUUGGUGAGCUUAGAGCCCGGCCCGGGUGGCACUGUCACCACCUGCUAUCGAGGGCACCAGCGUCGCUUCCGCCUGGACUGGGUCUUCCCUCCACACGCCAGCCAGGAGGAGGUCUUCAGGGAGCUGGAGUCGGCUGUGCUGUCCUGCCUCGGAGGCUACAGUGUCUGCAUUUUCACCUACGGUCAGACAGGGACGGGAAAGACCUACAGCAUGGAGGGCCCACCUGAGGACCCUGGCAUAGCUCCUAGGGCGCUGCAGUCACUGUUCCGGGAGAUGGGAACAGGGGGACAGCACCACGUGACCCUCAGCAUGGUGGAGAUCUACAACGAGGCUGUCAGGGACCUCCUAGCCCCAGGGCCUCCCCAGCGCCUGGCAGUGAGGCAGGGCCCAGCAGGCGAAGGGGGGAUCCAGGUGGCUGGCCUCACCCACUGGGACGUGCCCAAUCUGGAGUCGUUGCACCAGAUGCUGAACCUGGGGAGGAGCAACCGGGCCACCGCCGCCACAGCCAUGAACCAGCACAGCUCUCGUUCGCACGCCCUGGUCACGCUGACGCUGCGCACGGCGUCCCCAUCAAGCGGUCCCGGCACCGCAGGUACUCGGCGUCUGAGUCCUGCGGGGGGCUUCGCUGCACCCGAGACCGGGCCUCCCUCCACGCCGGGCUCGCUCGCCCCUGCAGGCACGCUGCACCUAGUGGACCUGGCAGGGUCCGAGCGCGCCUGGAAGGCAGGGGCGGCCGGCACGUCGCAUGAAGACCGGGACGGCGCUCAGCGUCUGCGGGAGGCUCGGACCAUCAACCGCUCGCUGCUGGCGCUGGGAGGAGUGAUGGCCGCGCUGCGGGCUCGCCGGCCACACGUGCCCUUCCGCGACUCGCAGCUCACGCGCCUGCUGCAGCCCGCACUGGGCCCCGGCGCCACCGCUGUGCUGCUGCUGCAGGUCUCCACGCGGCCCGAGGAUCUCGGCGAGACCGUGUGCUCGCUCAAGUUCGCCGAGCGAGUGGGGCGAGUGGAGCUGGGGCCUGCUAGGCCCCGCAGGGCCCCGCGCUCCGGGACGCCCUCCUCCCUGAGCACCGACACACCACUCUCUGGGACCCCCUGCACCGCCACGCCCUCGCCCGGCAGCCCUCCAAGCCCCGGCCUGGACAGCGGCUCCAGCUCGGCCCUGGCACCGCCGGAGGACCUGCCUUCGUAGUCCUGCCCGAGGAGUCUGGGUCGCGUCUCUGCCGGCAGAGGCAGCAAAGUCCCUAUUCCCCCCACGACCUCCUUGAUCUCUGGGAGCCCGCUGCCCCCCAGACUCCCAGCCACCCCUUUCUCUCCCGCCCCCAGGAGUGUUCCGCCUGGGGUAAUGAUCACACCACCGC